CCGGUCCGGAUUCCCUCUCCAACCGCUCUCGCAAACUCUUUUGCUUCGUUUCGCACUAGGAUAAAUCGCAGCGGAUGCUACGAGACAACAAUGUUCAGUCUAAUGCAGUGGGACCGUCACGCGACCUUUGAGAGUGACGCAGCGACACCCGGGAUGCGUAAUCACGUCACACGUUCACUGCACUUCAUUGGCUGGAAUGGCUCGUAGCUUUCCGCCGGGGUCCAUAGUAAGGGUGAAACGAAGCACGGGAAGCGAGAGAAAAACGCCUUGCUCAGGGCUGCAGCUGGACGCACUUUCACACUUCAAGCUUGGAUCGCCACACGCGUUGCGGCGAAGGGGGUAAUUGUCUUUCGUUUGUGUCUCCAAAAAGGGUGCCACCGUCGUUGGACAGCCUAGAUUGAAGAGAGGGUGCAUCUGAAACCUCGGGAAGCGUUUCCAAUUUAAUGACGGACACCUCCUGCGGCGAUAGGACAGCCGAGCAGGCAGCCCGCCCAGCUUGACCAUGGAAAGAAUUUCCCUCGACUUGGAGACGAUUGCCAAGCGAGAGCUCGGUGAAACACCGCAAGUGAAAGAGGACGCCGUGGCUCAACUGCGGGCGCUUCUUUCCGAGGAUCCGGUAUUGCAUUGCCCUUUGGACGAAGAUUUCCUGGUGAAGUUCCUGCGUAGCCGGAAGUUCCACGUGAGGGAAACCCUGGAUGUAAUUCGGAGGUAUUUCCGGGUCCGCCAGGAAUACACCGACCUUUUCGACAAUCUGCUGCCGUCACGCAUCUUGUACGAUGCGACACUGCACCAAAACCAGCUAUUGACUGUUCCCAAGCAGCGUGAUUCUUUGGGAAGGCUGAUUGUCAUUUUCAAGCUGGGUGCCUGGAAUCCGGCUGUCUGUUCACUGAACGAGUUCUUCAGAUUGGUGCUUGUUGGGACAGAUUGCAAUCUUAUGGAUCCGACGAACCAAAUCACAGGCAUCGUAGGAGUUGUUGAUCUGGAUGGACUUCACAUCUCUCACUUUCUUUACUUCACGCCAUCGGAAAUCAGAAGGACAGUCAAGAUAAUGCAGGACUCCUACCCACUGCGGGUCAAAGCCGUCUACUUCAUAAACAAUCCUCCAGUUUUUCAGCUGAUCUACGCUUUUGUGAGGGUGUUGCUUAAGCCGAAGCAUCGUGAAAGAACGCACGUCAUUGGACGCGACUACGAGAAACUUCACAAGUUCGUCCCUCGUGAAGGGCUACCCACAGAAUACGGUGGCCUCCUGGAAAGCUACGACUACGGCGAAUUGGAAGCAACAUAUCGAAGCAAAGAAGACAUUUUUGUGGACCUCAGUAGAUACGGCUACCAGGAGCGGCAGGAGUUGAAGGAAUCGGUUGGAUUUGAACAAACCGAUUGUCGGAGUGCUGUGAAGUGAGAAUGUCAGAGGGCGCUUAACGUUUCCGGAAAAGAGAACCGUGUUCAUUCGGAAAAUAAAAAUGUACUCAAAGUUUUUCGCACAGCUA